AACUGAUACCUUACAACCCCAACGCAGCCGGGAAGACUGCAGCAGAAAAGUGGUUUCGCUCGGGGGAGGUAAUGACCCUAACCAGACAAACCAUAAAUCUGUUCCUAGACUUCAAAGAGUCAAAUGAAAGCAGAGAAAAUCUUGCAUUCUGCAUUGCAUCAAUUCCAAACAAACUCCUCACCGCAUCCUCCAUCCAUGUCUAUGAAAGAGGGACACUUUUGAAUCAACAGUUUGAGCUGCCAUCAAAGCCAGGUGUUCCCACCAUCAAGAGUCUGGAGCAUGACUGUGUCCACUUGCAAGUCAACCCUCCCAACCUUGGUGUUACCUCUGUGGAGUCGUACCAGGCUGAGCAGGCUGACUCUGAGUGGACCGAGGUCAAAUCUGAUCCUACAACUAACCAGGUCACCAUCAGUCGUUUGCACCCAUACAAAAAGUACCGCUUUAGCUGCAAGGCAGUGUGUAGACCUGGUGUGAGCCUCUCCAGUGACUGGACAGAAUACGUCAGGACCCGCCCAUGUAGCCCCCUGGACCACUCGCAGAGAAGAGGAUAGAAUCAGGAAGUAUCAGAGUGAACUGGGACAUUCCUACCAUGGCGGGAGAUGAUGUUGAAGUCAUUGGUUAUGUUGUAGAAUAUAGAAAAAGUGUAAAGGCUAUAGACAUUCAGAUGUGGCACACCAUCAAAGCCGCCACUAGAGAGGGUACACUGGAAGGACUAGAGGCUGACACUGCAUACAGCAUCAGAGUCUCUGCUAACUGUGGCGAAGCAGGGAAUAGUCUACCCAGUCCUGAGACUGUGCUGACUACCCUUAGGGUCUCUGAUCCCCAACCGACGACAAGCAAAUCACCCGGAGCAAAAAGUGAGGAAUUUCUAAAAAAUUCCCAGAAGGUGGAAAAGGGCAACCCCUCAAUCCACUGGCUGAAUCUGGAACAGAAGUUGGGUGUAAGGGACAGUUUUGAACAGCACACAUUUGGGAAGAAAGUUGAGCAAGGGAAUAACAAGGUGAUAUUGCUUCUGGGGGCCACAGGUUCAGGAAAAACUACUCUGGUCAAUGUCAUGAUAAACUACAUCCUCGGGGUAAAGUGGGAAGAUUGUUACCGCUUUAAGCUCAUCCAUGAGGUGACCAACAGGUCCCAGGCUGAGAGCCAGACUGUGGUUGUGACAUCAUACGAGGUCUACAACCAGCCAGGCUUUCAGAUUCCUUAUUCUCUGACCGUCAUUGACACACCAGGGUUCGGAGACACCAGAGGAAUGGCUCAAGAUAAAUUGAUCAUCCUUAAAGUGAAGGAUUUCUUGUGUAACCCUUUAGGGAUUAAUCACAUUGAUGCAGUCUGCUUUGUAGUGCAGGCACCACUUGUUCGUCUCAGUCCUUCCCAGAGAUACAUCUUUGAUUCCAUCCUGUCCAUCCUUGGAAAGGAUGUUGCUGAAAACAUCCUGAUGCUUGUGACAUUUGUUGAUGGGAAGCAGAUACCGGUACUAGAGGCCAUCAAAGCUGCAAAUCUGCCCUGUAAGAAAGACAAGAAGGGGCUACCAACCCAUUUCAAGUUCAACAAUUCAUUUCUGUUCUUAAAGGAGACGGCGAGCAGCUCUGAAGAGGAUGAUUCUGAUGAUGAUCAUAAGGCCCAGUGUCCAGAGCAAUGGAGGUCAACUUUCAAGGAGAUGAAGAAAUUUUUCCAAGCACUGGAAAGCAUUGAGAGUAAAGAUCUGACCAUGACAAAGAAAGUUCUGGAAGAACGUGAGCUUCUGGAGAAGACCAUGACACGCCUGACCCCUCAUAUCACAGCAGGUCUGUCAAAGCUAAGUGAGAUCAAAAGCUUCAAACAGUGUCUGGAGAACGAGGAUGAGAACAUGAAACAGAACCAACAUUUUGAGACUGAGAUAAAUGUGCUGCAGGUGAAGAGAAGCAGAUUAGCCCAGGACUUUGCAACAAACUGCCAGAUAUGCAAUUUCACAUGUCACACCUGCUGUUUCCUUCCAAUGGAGGAUGACAUCAACAGUUGUGCUGUGAUGGAUGAUGAUGGUAACUGCACCAUAUGUCCAGGAAAAUGCACUUCCACUGACCACGACAGGGAACAAGUCUUAUUGACAUAUGAAACAAAGACUGAGAAAAAGACUAUUCAAGAACUGAAGGACAACUUCAUGAAGGCGUGGGACAAGUCUAUGGAAACCAAGGAGAUGCUGGAUAAGCUUGAGGAUGAGUUUCACAUGAUCCAGGACACGCUGAAGAAUUUGAUCAAGCAGUCUUCUGACUGUCUCAAGAGACUUAAUGAUGUUGCUCUGAAGCCAAGCUCUCUCUCCACUGCGGAGUACAUUGAGAUAAUCAUUCACACAGAGGAGCAGGAACGCAAGCCAGGCUUUGAGGAUCGGAUCGCAGAGUUGAAGAAAAUGAAGAAAGAGUCUGAGAUUCUAGACGAUAUUGUCAAAGGAGAAGAUGUACUCCCAAAUGAGCAAACAUUCCUGAAGGAAAAAUAGGAUGGAUAGAUGGCAGGGGGUUCCAACAUAAGUCAGUCAUGGAAUGUUGUCCUGCUAACGUUAUCUGGAAACAUUUACAUUACAUUUUACAUUUAAGUCAUUUAGCAGACGCUCUUAUCCAGAGCGACUUACAAAUUGGUGCAUACACCUUAUGACAUCCAGUGGAACAGACACUUUACAAUAGUGCAUCUAAAUCUUAAAGGGGGGUGAGAAGGAUUACUUAUCCUAUCCUAGGUAUUCCUUAAAGAGGUGGGGUUUCAGGUGUCUCCGGAAGGUGGUGAUUGACUCCGCUGUCCUGGCGUCGUGAGGGAGUUUGUUCCACCAUUGGGGGCCAGAGCAGCGAAAACAACAUUUUGUCUCCAUUUGUACAUUAAGCUUUCCAACGUUGUAGGAACAUUUGCAUUUACUGAGUAGUGCCAACUGAGAUGUGGGGUUCAUUGGAUUUGUAUUAAAACUCUUAGCCCCGUGUAAAGCCAAUGUCAGAGAUGUAACUGCGUCAAAUCGCUGAGUGGCUGUUCUUGUGGUCAUUAUCACAAAGCCACUCCCAUACUACCCAUGUUAGAAGUUCAGAAGGAGAAAGUGUUGACUAUAUAGGAAUAAUGACACAUUGAACAUCAUUAAAUGAAAGCAUGUGUAUUACAACACACAUUCCAAUAUUCAUACUUGUCAAGCAGAUUCAUGAGAUUUCUGCUAAUGUGACUCUGUGUAUCGAAUGGCAAUGUCCGCACUAGCGAUAGGUAUAAUACCUGGAAACACAGUAACACCUCUGACAUCGCCUAAGGGUCUUUCUAUAAACUAGAGUACCAGUGAUGAUUUCCUGUGGUGGACAACUCACAGAUACAGCUGUUGAUAACUAGUAAUUGAUAUAAGAAACAUUCAAUAAAAUUCACAAGUUAAUUUAACCAACUCUGUUUAACCCUU